GAGAGAGAGAGAGAGAGAGAGAGAGAAUGGCAGGAGGACUGUUAGCAGUUGGUGACGGAAAUGUCAGUGGCUUUGGAGGGAGGUUAACGGCGUCGGUGGUGAUCACCUGCAUCGUUGCUGCUUCUGGUGGCUUAAUCUUUGGCUACGACAUCGGGAUUUCAGGGGGAGUGACGACGAUGGAACCUUUCCUCCAAAAAUUCUUCCCAUCGGUACUGAGGAAGAUGUUAGCCGCUGAGAAAAACGUUUACUGUAUCUUCAACAGUCAAGCUCUCACAUCAUUCACCUCUUCAUUAUACAUAGCUGGGAUGGCUGCAUCCUUUGUGGCUAGUCGCCUCACAAGAGCUUUGGGUCGCAGAGCCACCAUGGUUCUAGGUGGUUUCACCUUCUUCAUUGGAGCGGUCAUCAAUGGUGCUGCUGUUAAUAUUGAAAUGCUCAUACUGGGCCGCAUUUUGCUUGGAUUUGGUGUUGGUUUCACUAACCAGGCAACUCCCGUGUAUUUAUCGGAGAUGGCGCCACCCAAAUGGCGCGGCGCGUUCAACACCGGUUUCCAGUUCUUCCUUGGCACAGGUGUAGUCAUAGCUAAUGCGUUGAACUACGGCUCAUCUCGGCUCAAGUGGGGCUGGCGCCUCUCGCUCGGCCUGGCAGCCUUACCUGCAAUGGUCAUGACAAUUGGUGCCCUACUCAUCUCUGAUACUCCGAGUAGUCUUGUGGAACGUGGCAAGUUGGAAAAGGCUGAGCAAUCGCUACGCCGAGCUCGAGGAGUCGACUCAAAUGUGGAAGCCGAGCUAAACGCUCUCAUCAAGACCACCGAAGCCAUGAAAGCCGCAAGCCAAGAGCCGUUCAAGACCAUAUUUGAGAGGCAAUACAGGCCCCACUUCGUGAUGUCCGUGGCGAUACCUUUAUUUACACAGCUCACGGGGAUUAAUGUGAUAGCGUUUUACGCGCCGGUCCUCUUCCAAUCAGUCGGCUUCGGCAGCAGCGCGGCUCUCAUGGCGGCUCUAAUAUUGGGCGUGGUCAACCUCGGCUCCAUUCUCGUGUCGACUGGUUUAGUGGACCGGUAUGGUCGGAGAGUUCUGUUCUUGCAGGGUGGGAUCCAGAUGAUCCUUGGCCAGGUGGCUGUGGCUUCUGUUCUAGGGAGUCAGAUAGGAGUCUCUGGGAGUGAAACUAUGUCUAAGAACUAUGCCAUUUUGGUACUAGUGUUGAUGUGUGUAUAUGCAGCUGGAUUUGGGUGGUCAUGGGGUCCUUUGAGCUGGCUGGUACCAAGUGAGAUAUUCCCAUUGAAAAUCCGGCCUACCGGCCAGAGUAUAAGUGUUGCCGUGAACUUAGCCGGAACCUUUGUGCUUGCACAAACCUUCUUGAGCAUGCUUUGCCACUUCAAGUUUGGGAUUUUCUUGUUCUAUGCUGGAUGGAUUGCGAUAAUGACCCUCUUUGUUGCUCUUUUCCUUCCUGAAACUAAAGGAGUCCCCCUUGAAUUGAUGCACACGGUAUGGGAGAAUCACUGGUAUUGGAGAAGGUUUGUUAAACAAGAAUCGCCAACGACGACGACAUUGCCGAAACAGAUGGAUUAAUUUUUGUAAACCACAUACAUUCAGCGAUGGCAGCUCCAUCAUCACAGUCUAUUUAAGAAAAAUUAGUUCAAGUUAGGGAAAGAAGUAUCGUUUGUACUUUAAAAUGUUUUUGAAUCUAUGUAUAUUUUUCUCUACCCCCUAAAUGGAAAUGGUGCAUUUUGUACAAGUCUUUAAUUUCGAUAAAUGGUUACCAUAAUGUCUAAAUCUUA